AUGAAAAUGCUACUUCUGUUGGUGUAUCUGCUAUGUCAAUUUCUUUCAAGGACACUGGCGAUUAAACUAUCUGUACCGAAUGAUGCAUUCGGCGUCCCUGAAUCAUUAAGAAUAUGGUCUAUCGUGAAUAAGCUGGCUCUGGACAACAAUAUCGAUGCUAGUAUUUUGAAUGAACUGUACCCCGUGAUUACGAAACUCGAGGAACUGGAUGAGGCUCAGUCUGUUACUGAUUUGGUCUAUGAUCACUUAAAUGAUGCUGUCUCCAAUGACAUGGCACAGUUUUUCAAACUUUUUGACUCUCUAUACCCUAUGGGGCUGCAAUUUGAAGAUGAUUUGAACACUCCAUUGAAUAAUGACAAUUUUUUCAUGUUAAAUGACCAAAAAUAUUCCAAACCUGACGAUGUCUUUUAUUUAAAAUCAAAAGAGCUAAAAAAUCAAGCUAAACUUGGGGAUUCAGAUGUUAUUGCUUCAAGAAAUGAUGUAGUUAUAGGUAAAAACGCAGACGCUCCAAUAUUGCUGUUUUAUGGCUGUCCUGUCAAUGAUGAGUUUGAUGAUUUUAAUAGAAAUCUGUACAAUGAGGCGAUUACAACAGAUAAAAUUAGAUUUAUAUGGAGAUCGACUUGUUCUAUGAAUUUCCCAAGUAAAAUCAACUCCGAAUUUCCAUUAACUUUUACCGUGAAUGAAGAAAGUGAUUUAAAGUCUUUAUUAGACACAAAACUUCCUUUUAACAUUCCCCAUGAAUUCACUGAUUUAGAUAAACUUUCCUUCGCAAAACCAACUCAGGAAGAAUUGAGUGAUAUGGAUAUGAAAGUCACUAGUUUUUUAGUUAAUCAUUACCAGGAAACCAAAAAUUUAACUGAAUCCCUAGAAUAUACAAGAGCUGUACUCAAUAAUUAUCCCUUUUUAAUGCAACACUUUAUAGAAAUGCAACCAAACAAGAAGUUAAACAGCCUAAUUUCAAGAAGCAAUGAGGAACUAGAACGUAUGGGAAUCGAUUAUAAAAUGUUAGGUCUUUACAUUAAUGGCCAAAAUCAUAAAUAUUCGACUUUAGAUCAAUACACGUUGUUGAAUGCCAUUUAUAAAGAAUACAGAGAAAUCCAAAAUUUGCAAGAUAUAUUAGAAAAAUAUUUGCCUACAAAUGUACUUACACCCACUUUAGCAAAAGAUUUGUUAAAUUCCUAUUCUUCAUUUUCCUUACCACAUUUAAAGGAACUACAGCCCAUCAAAUUGGAUCUACACAGAAUAAGAGGAUUCUCUGAAAGCGUCAUUUAUUUCAACGACAUCGAAGAAGAUGAACAAUAUGAGGAACUCGAAAAAGAUGCCACUAAAUUCUUCGAAAAGUCAAAAUUUGGUGAGAUUCCUGAAUAUAGACGUAAUUGGGCUGAGCUAAUAUUUGUCAUAAACUUUGACAUAUUGAAUAAAGAUCCAGAUACACAACAUGCAUUAAUGGGUUUGAACCGAGCUGUUCAAAUCACAGGCGAGGGAUAUCCACAACGUAUUGGGUUAUUACCGCUUGGUUCUAGGGAGAAUCCAAUUGUAAAGAAAAUUUAUGAGCUGAAAGAUACUGAUUCAUCUGAAUUAAAAUUGUUUUUAGAAGAGUUGGGGAGCAAAGAAGAUGUUAUUUUUUCAGAUUUCAGCAAUAUUCCAAAUGUCGGUAAGCUAUUGAAGCAACUACAGAUCGCUGAAACUUCAAUUAUUGUCAAUGGUGAAAUUUAUCCGUUUAAGAUGAAUACAUGGAAUUAUCUUAUCGCAAAAGUAAUCAAGAAGGAUGUUGCUUUCAUUAAACAGGAAUUAAAUGAGUUUGCAGCACGAAACAAUGUUCAGGGUGAUAAAAACGUUGAUGUUAGGGCACUUCUACAUCUGAAAUCAGCGGAUAGUAGGCAUCCAAAGUAUACUCCUGACUAUUUUGCAGAUUCAGUUUACACUAAAUCAAAUGAUAACACUCUUAAUACAAUUCCUCAAAAUAUAAUCGAAUUUAGUUUCAGUGAGAAAUACAAUAUUCUUCAUACUAUCACAUUAUAUGACAACUUUGAUUCUCAAAUCGCCUUGAAAAGGUUGAAGGCCCUUUCUAAAAUAAAAUUCCAUGGUAUAAGAAUCAGAAUGGUUCAUUCUGGUGAUGUCACUUCCUCUAAUUGGAUUUCUUUAAAGAAUAACUUAUCUAGUAGGAAGCAGCUGAUUGCUAAAGUGGACAAUCUAAUUACCAAAAGCUAUAGAAAUAUUCCAGAUACAACAUCUAUACCACUCCAAGUGUUGCACUCUUGGCUGCCAGACAUUCCCCUAGAGCAUUUGAAGUCACACUCUUUUUUUCUGUUCAAUGGUAGAUUUAUUCAUCUGGACUCUGAUGAAGUUCUAAGUGUUAAAAGGCUUCAGGCUAUAGUGAAGAGAGAAGCACAAAGGACUUUGGAUACAGUGUAUGCACUUAAUGAAAUUGAUCCCGCUUUCGGAGAAAAGAUGGCUGACCCAGGUUUUAUAGAGACAGUGUCGUCAAUCCUAACUAUGCUAUAUUACAAAGGUACUACUAUAUAUGAAGAUGGGAUUGAAUACACGACUGAAACAACACUUUCAAGGAUGGAUUUUUCACAAAUCUUGGCAGUGAAUAAUAUCACUUAUUUUGAACAACAUAACCAUGUCGAGAAACCUGUUGAUCUGCUGCUUAUCAUAGAUCCAUUGGAAGAGAGAACACAACACAUACUAUCUUUACUUUCCAAGGUAGAAAAUCUAGAAUUCAUUAACAUAAAGGUGUUACUAAUCUCAACGCUCUCUCUCAAUAUUGUUCCAAUUGAAAGGGUGUACACUCUAAAUCAGAAAAUUCAAAUGAAAGAGCUUAGAGAAAACGAUCUGCUAAAUAAUUGGGAGGUCGAUAUAGAAACACCUACUCAUUUCUCCAUUAAUAGCUUUACAAGGCUAGAGAGUACAGUAAUCGAAGUUCAUGCAUUUAAUGAAGAUUCACCAAUUUCAGGAAGUAAUGUCGACGGCAUAGGUGGGGUUAGGUUACAGUUACUUGAUUCAAGCGGUUCCAUCAUUGAUACGCUUUCUACUAUGACUACUUUUGGCUACGGUCAAUUUCAUCUUAAUCAAUUAGGCAAGAACUUCACAAUUAAAAGUGCGGAUGACGGCUAUGAGGUGGAAUCCUUUUCUUUGCAUGGAUAUGCAGAUUAUGUUCCCUCCUCAAGCUUUGACAUGUUGGAUUUUAAUCCAAAAAAAAUAUACAUCAAAGUUAAAAUCUUGGACAGGGUAUCAAAAGCUGUUGAACAAGACGGUGGAUUCAAUAUCUUCUCUGUAUUGAAAACUCAUGAAGAUGAAGAAUCGUAUAAAAGAAUGAUUCUUUCAAUUCUAUUAUGGAAGCUAGUUGAGGAUGAUACCGAACAACUGACAUUCUGGAUCUUAGAUCAGCCUUUUAUAUCUGAAGAAUUCAAGCAAUACUGUGAGAUAAUUAACGAACAGAAUGAACUUCGUGGAAAAAUUAGAUUUAUUGAUUAUGACUGGCCAGCUUGGUUGCGUCCUCAACGUUUCCGUUCAAGGAAAGUGGACAUCUCAAAGCUACUAUUCCUAGACGUACUGUUCCCAGAAAAUAUCACAAGCAUAGUAUAUAUGGCCCCGGUAGCUACACCAAUCGAUCCGUCUAGUCUGUUUGAAUUGGAUGCGAAGGCCAAAUCAUUCCGCCUUUUCAGAGUGAAAGGGAAGGGAUACUGGGAUGAAGGCUAUUGGGAAAAAGUGCUAAAAGAGAAUAACUUGAGCUUUUAUUCGAUUGGCCCAGCAUUUUUAAUGAAUUUGGAUGUCAUAAGAGCAAAUGGAGAUGCUGAUAAAUUGCGGAUUCAUUACCAGAGGCUCUCUGCCGACCCGAAAUCUUUGAUUAACAUUGAUCAAGAUCUACUCAAUGAUUUACAGACAGCUAUACCAAUGGGGAGCCUUAGAAGGGCCCUUCUUGAUAAACCCAAAUUGGAUACCACUCUUAUAGAAAGGUGGGAGUCUGUUAUUCAAGACAGUAUUGCAGCAGCAAAUUCAGCUGCGAUGGACAAAGAACACGAUGAAAUCGAUUAUAAAAAUGUAAGUAAUGAUGAAACUACGACUUUAGAGGAAGACGAAGACUAUUUUCAUGAUGAACUUUAG